UACGAAGACAUCUUUUUACCUCAAUUUAUAAUUUUUUGAAAGAGUGAGAUUUCCGUGAAGCCGCCAUAGCGCGGAGUGCUGUACCAUUUAAUAGUUUAAUUUUAGACUACCCAAACUGAAAACCAAUCAAAAAGUAAAUUUUUUCUUGAAAUUUUCAAGCUUUUAACCUUGACAGCAUAUAGAAGACGAGCGUGAGAAAUUCUCAGCGUGAGAGCGUGACAUGAUACAGUAAUGCGCUAGUCUAACGCUGAAAAGCGUGAGACUCGAUAGCUCUGCUUACGAGUGAGCUCCUGGUAUGAUCAACUCAGGGAGUUGUGAGAGAGUUGUUUUCUCACAACUCUCUGAUAAACUGUAUAAAGAUACAGGCUCAACACAGGAAAUCUGUCAAGUCGCAUCAUAUUUUAGAAGUCGGGAGAACUGUUCGUACCAGGCUAUCCGCAUCAUAUAAACCACAGCAGUCCCAAAUAGCCUAAAAAAUGGCUCAUCUUUACUCGUGUUUAUCUCUGUGUUUCGCUUUCCAAAAAUGAAAAUCGACACACACUGACUAUUACCUUAUCAGGCCUAUGAAAUAAUCUUAACUUUGUUCCGAAACCCAUAUACCCAUUGAAAUGUAUUCACACGUGUUUCUCCGGUUGUCAAAACGCGCACUGCUUCUUCAUGUACAAGGACAAACUGAAGAACAAUAUGCAGCCCGCUUGUAGAAGUACAGAAUAAGGCUUUGAAGUCCGUCAUCGUCAGAGCAAGUCACAGCACAGCAAUGGAAGACUUUGAUACAUAUCUGCCAUCGCCUCCGAAGAAGAAAAAGGAGAUCAACACUAACUCGCCAUCUAAAAAUGCUGGUGGCAAAAAGAGAAAGCGCUUGUCUGUUGAACGCAUCUACACCAAGAAAACCCAGCUGGAGCAUAUUCUGUUGCGGCCAGAUACUUACAUUGGCUCUGUUGAGCCCAACAAGCAGAACAUGUUUGUGUAUGAUGAUAUCCUUGAAGCCAUUGUGAAUAGGGAGAUUACCUAUGUUCCUGGUCUUUUCAAGAUAUUUGAUGAAAUUUUAGUAAAUGCAGCUGACAACAAACAGAGAGAUCCUGCCAUGUCAACAAUUAAAAUUGAGAUCAACCCAGAGAAAAACUUUAUCAGUGUGUGGAAUGAUGGGAGAGGAAUCCCAAUUGAGAUGCACAAGGAACACCAGGUUUAUGUGCCCACAAUGAUCUUUGGUCAGCUGCUCACGUCAAGCAACUACAAUGACGACGAGAAGAAAGUGACAGGUGGACGCAAUGGCUAUGGUGCUAAACUUUGCAACAUUUUCAGCAAGAAGUUCUCUGUUGAGACUGCAUGCUUAGAGAAUAAGAAAAGGUUUAAACAGGUUUGGACCAACAACAUGGGUAAAGCAGCUGAGCCAGUGAUCAAAGAAUUCACCAGCAACAAGGAAUACACAUGUAUCACUUUCCAACCUGACUUGGAGAAGUUCAAGAUGGAAACCCUUGACAGAGACACUGUUGCCCUUUUGACAAGAAGGGCAUAUGAUAUUGCAGCAUCUGUGCGUGGUGUCUCUGUUAUUUUAAAUGGCAAGAAGUUAAAGGUGAAGACAUUCAAAGAUUAUGUUCAGCUGUGCCUUAAGGGUGCCACUAAAGACAAGGAGGAGGAUGACGAGGAGGAGAAAAAGCCGACGGUGGUGCAUGAAGUAGUCAACAAUCGUUGGGAAGUCUGCGUUACUGUCAGUGAUAAGGGGUUUCAGCAAGCCAGCUUUGUCAAUUCAAUCGCAACCACCAAGGGUGGAACCCAUGUGAAUUAUGUUACUGAUCAAAUUGUGGACAAACUGAUGACGGUGAUCAAGAAGAAGAACAAGGGUGGUCUUGCUAUCAAGCCAUUCCAGAUCAAGAGUCACCUGUGGGUGUUUAUCAACUGCUUGAUAGAGAACCCAGCCUUUGACUCACAGACCAAGGAGAACAUGACCUUGAGGGCUAAGGACUUUGGUUCCAAGUGUGAGCUGAGUGAUAAGUUCAUUAAGGCUGUACAGAACAGUGGAGUGAUGGAAAACGUUAUGAACUGGAUGAGGUUCAAGGAAAAGGCUCAACUCAACAAGAAGUGCAGCGGAAGUAAACACAGCAAGAUCAGAGGAAUCCCAAAGCUUGAUGAUGCUAAUGAUGCUGGUGGUAAGAACUCUCGGCACUGUACGCUCAUCCUCACCGAGGGAGAUUCAGCCAAGACGCUGGCUAUCAGCGGACUUAGCAUUGUUGGCAGGGAUCGUUAUGGAGUGUUUCCCUUGAGGGGUAAACUGCUGAAUGUGAGAGAAGCUUCUCACAAACAGAUUUUGGACAAUGCUGAGAUCAACAACAUCAUAAAGAUCACAGGCCUCCAGUACAACAAGAAGUACAAGAGUGAGGAUGACCUGAAGUCACUGCGCUACGGCCAUCUGAUGAUCAUGACCGAUCAGGACCAGGACGGAUCCCACAUCAAGGGGCUGGUCAUUAAUUUCAUCCAUAGCAAUUGGCCAGGGCUACUCAAGUUGGGAUUUGUUGAGCAAUUCAUCACACCAAUUGUCAAGGUGUCCAAAGGCAAAGAGGAGCAUUCCUUCUACAGCAUUCCCGAGUAUGAAGAGUGGAAGGCUGGCAAUGCAAACCAUAAGUCAUGGAAAGUGAAGUACUAUAAGGGUUUGGGUACGAGCACCCCUAAGGAGGCUAAGGAGUAUUUCUCAGACAUGGAACGCCACAAGAUCAACUUCAAGUAUGAAGGACCUCAUGACGAUGAGGCUAUUGUCAUGGCCUUCAGCAAGAAAAAGAUCCAAGAGAGGAAGGACUGGUUAACAAGAGGUCUUGAAGAACGAAAGUGGCGCAGGGAGCAAGGACUUUCUGAGCUGUACUUGUAUGAGAAGGACACCAAGAGAGUCUCGUACUGCGACUUUGUCAACAAGGAACUCAUUCUAUUCUCAAAUACAGACAACGAAAGAUCCAUUCCCUCUCUUGUGGAUGGACUUAAGCCAGGACAGAGGAAGGUCAUGUUCACAUGUUUCAAGAGGAACGAUAAGCGAGAGGUUAAGGUUGCCCAGUUGGCAGGUUCCAUUGCAGAGCUGUCGGCCUACCACCAUGGAGAGGCAAGCUUGAUGGGAACCAUCAUCAACUUAGCAGAAAACUUUGUCGGGAGCAACAACAUUAACCUACUGCAGCCAGUGGGUCAGUUUGGCACACGUCUGCACGGCGGCAAAGACGCGGCCAGCCCUCGAUACAUCUUCACUAUGCUUAGCACUGUUUCCAAGAUGCUGUUCCCUCCAAGUGAUGAACCGAAUCUUAAGUUCUUGAAUGAGGAUAACCAGCGCAUUGAGCCAGAGUGGUACUGUCCAAUCAUCCCUACCAUCCUUGUCAAUGGAGCCGAGGGUAUUGGUACUGGUUACAGUACCAAGGUGCCGAACUAUGACCCCCGGGCGAUAGCGGAGAAUAUCAGGAAAAUGAUGAAUGGAGAGGAGCCUGAGGAAAUGCUUCCAUGGUACAAGAAUUUCAUUGGUACUAUCACCAAGGUAGAUGACACCAAAUACUCAGUGACUGGCAACAUUGAGGUGAUAGAUGACACUACUCUGGAAAUCACGGAGUUGCCUAUUGGUACCUGGACACAGUCGUACAAGGAAUCCGUGCUGGAACCAAUGUUACAUGGCACUGAUAAGGUCCCCCCCUGUAUUACGGACUACAAGGAGUACCACACAGAAACAAGGGUAAGGUUUGUCAUAACCAUGGCCGAGAACAAGAUGCGGGAGGCGGAACAGGUCGGGCUGCACAAGAAGUUCAAGCUGGAGGCAACCAUCAACACAAGCAACAUGGUGUUGUUUGAUGCUAUGGGUUGCCUCAAGAAAUACGACACAACCAGAGAGAUCUUGAAAGAGUUUUUCACCCUUCGCAUGGAACGUUACAUCAUGCGCAAGGCGUACAUGGAAGGAAUGCUGACUGCCGAGUCAGGGAAACUGAACAGCCAAGCAAGGUUCAUUUUGGAGAAGAUUGAAGGCACUAUUGUUAUUGAGAACAAGCCAAAGAGAGACCUAAUUACAAUGCUUGUGCAGCGAGGCUACCCCUCUGAUCCCGUCAAGGCAUGGAAGGACUCCCAGGAUACCACCCUGGGUGUUGACGACUCGGAUGAUGACACCAUGAGCACUGUUAGUAGCACAGCAUCUGGUGCGGGUGGACCUGACUUCAACUACCUCCUCAACAUGUCCAUGUGGAGUCUCUCCCAGGAGAAGAAAGAUGAACUCCUCAAGCAGCGUGACCAGAAGGCUGCUGAAUUGGAGGAUCUCCGAAAAAAGAGCCCUAAGGAUCUGUGGAAUGAGGAUCUUGACAUCUUCUUGGCUGAGCUAGAGGCAGUCGAACAGAUUGAGCGUGAGGAUGAGAUGGCAAUGGGUAAGUCGAAAAGUGGGCGUGCUCUAAAGUCAAAACCUAUCAAGACUGCUGCCGCCAAAUCAUCCAAGGCACCAAAGCCAAAGCAGGCACCUAAACCAGAAUCCAAGGCAGCAGCCAGCACCGAAGUACCCCCUGAAGAAGAGCCCAGACAACUGACUUUGAUUGAGAGGCUAGCGCUCAAGCGAACGGAAUCCACUUCUUCUGCUUCAAGCUCUGUGUCAGAGGCAAUUGCACCAAAGAAGCAAUCCAACUUGCUCAGCCUCGCAACCAAGAACGGUAAAACGAAAAAAGGAAAGAAGGGCAGUAAGGGAUCCGACGAUGACGAUGAUGACGCGUUUGCUGUGGAUUUCAGCGACAGUGACGACUCCUUUGGGGUCCCUGUGGUGAAGCGCACCCUCGCCGCACGAGCUAAGGCGCCCAGCAAGUUCAACUUCAGCGAUGACGAGGACGAAGAUGACUCAUUCAAGAGCAAAGAGGACGACGGAUCUGACGACGACAAUGACCAGGACUUCGCCGUUACCAAGGUCGUCAAAAAGCCGACACCACCGGUUGACUCGUCAAGCGACGUGGUCGCCACACGGGACUUGAUAGAGAAGCUAUCGCCAGUCAAAGCAUCCAAAAAGACUGCCACGAACAAACCAGCAGUGUUGGAUUCAGACGAGGAGUCGAGCUCUUCCUCCGGGAUACUCGUCAUUGAAGGGAAAUCUUCUCCGCCAAAACCUGCAGCAGGGAAGACGAAAAAGGCACCUGCCAAAAAAGCGCCGGCAAAAUCCAAAAAAGGUUCCAUGCCCGACCCUAAGCAGACGACAUUGUUUGCAUCUAUGGGCAAGACAUCUAAGGAGGCGCAGUCGUUGAGCGAUUCGGACGACGAGCUGGGAUCCCUGCUAGAGAAGCAAAAAGUUUCACCAAAGAAGAAGAGUUCUCCAAAGAAGAAAGGGAAGGCGCCCUCCAGCAAGUCUGCGGAUUCCGACGAGGCCCAACCAGGCAAGAAGAAGGCCGCCCCCCGCAAACGCCCAGCCAAGGGCGUCACCGCGGCCUCCAGGGAUGGGGACUCCGAUAGCGACGCCUCUGUCGAAGUAGUCAGCAAGAAGAAGACUACAAAAGCUGUCAAAAAGGCUGUGAACAAGUCUCCGCCGAAGCGAAAGAAAAUGGCGAGCGACAGCGAGGAAUCCGCUGACGAGGUGGUCCCCAUAGCGCGGACUCAGCGCACGCGGGGUGCCAAGCCCACCGCCAAGUACUCGUUCAGUGAUAGCGAAGAGUCCGAGGAGGAUGCCGGGAACGAUACAAGGGCAUGGAAAGCGUCUGACUCGGACAGCGAUUUCGACUAAUUUUAGUCUUUCGCGCGAAGACAUUUGUGCAUAUCAAAAGAGUAUAUUUCUUAAGGUGCUCUAGCGAGCGAGGUAUUUCGCUGUGUUACGAUGUUGUAAAAUGGUGACUUUGUUUGGGAAAUGGUUGCCUGAUGCAAAAGAAAUUCCCAUUCAACUUUG